UUUCUCUUCUUAAAAUUCGUAAAUAUUGCGAAACCUAACCUCACAAUGUUGCAAUAAACAUAAAAGUGUACAGAAAACACCGAGCGGUAAAAUUCGAUAAAAAAAACUUUGUUCACCCAGCUAUUAAGAACAAGUGUGACACCUUAACAUGAAGGAGACGCCACUUUCAACCAUUGAAAGUACUUUCAUCACCCAAGCAGUCAAAAAGAAUUUGCGCCUCGAUGGUCGAAAAAAUGAUGAAUUUCGUAAAAUAACAAUCAAUUUCGGUGCCGAUUGGGGCAGCGCUCUAGUAGCGCUUGGUGAAACUAAGGUGCUAGCACAAGUUUCCUGUGAGUUGGGUGUCCCAAAGUCGACGCGUCCUAACGAGGGUUUGAUUUACAUCAAUGUGGAAUUGGGACAGAUGGCAGCGCCACAUUUCGAGUCCGGUCGCAACUCUGAAUUGAAUGUACGAAUUAGUCGCACCUUGGAGCGAACAUUCAAAGAUUCACGUUGUGUUGAUUUGGAAUCACUUUGUGUCACAACAGAGGAACGCGUGUGGGUAUUGCGCAUCGACUUGAAUGUUCUCAAUCAUGAAGGCAACUUAAUAGACUGUUGUUCAGUGGCCGCGCUCAGCGCUCUGAUGCAUUUCAAGCGUCCGGAUGUUAGCAUCAUUGAUAACGAUGUACACAUACACUCCGCUGCAGAAAAGGAACCUAUACCUAUGGUCAUGCAUCACUAUCCGGUUUGUGUUAGUUAUUGUCUAUUCGAUGAUGGCCGUUUGGCAGUUGCCGAUCCCAGCGUGUUAGAGGAACGCACAGCCGAUUCAGCUAUGGUCUUCGGUUUGAAUUCCUUCCGCGAAUUGUGCUGUCUAAACUUGGGUGGGACAACCCUCACAAGCUCUACACUUCUACUACAAUGUGCAACACGUGCCGCACGCCGUGCUAAAUUCGUAGUGGAUUACGUUAAGGAAACACUAGAAUUAGAUACAAUGGCACGAGAGGAUAACAAAAACCCGGGAUUCACUGAAUGCGUGCGCCUUAAUAAAAUUACCGCAUUGACAGAGAACCGCUUGGCAUUGCGUUUACGUAAUUUCAAAUUGCAAGAAACGCCAGAGGUGAAGGGAGAAAAUGCUAUGGAAACAAGCGGUGAUGAGGAGGAGAGUGAUGAAGACGGCUCGGAAAAGAAGCAAAAUAUCGUUUCCAUCGAUGCCCAAACUGCGGUACUGGAAUCCAACCAAUCUAAUAUCAAAUGGGUGCCGGAUGAUGAUGACGCUGAAAGUAAUAUUGAAAGUAUGUGUUCUGAUAACGUCAUUGAGGAGGACGAAGAAAGUGAGCGCAGCCUGUCACAGCAAGUGGAAAAACAAAUGCGUAGAAACCCGAAGAAGCAGUCGAAACGUUCAUUAAUUAAAAAACAUUUGACACAUGCUGAUAGCGACUCAGAGGAAGAAACAAAAGUAAUAUUGUGAAGAUGAAUAAAAACUUCAAUUAUAAAAUUAAAUUAGUAAGCUGGUACUCUUUCCAACUGGUA